AUGGCGGAGUAUCUCGGAAACUUGACACAGGACAUCGACGCCAUGGUGGAAUGCAGCAGCUACACCGAUACCGCUUUGACCACCAAUGGCACCUACGCACGCUGUGACGCUGCCACUAUGGCGCAGAAAUCCACAUCCUUUGAGAGUUCUAAACGUCGAGGCAAGGUCUCCCAGGUCGUAAAUCGUUGGAAGAAUGCCUUAGAGAAAAAUGACUUGUGCGAUGUGAAAUUCGCAGUUGGACGCCUGUGUGGCGAAGUGGAAAUUAUCUACGCACAUAAGUUGGCUUUAAGUCUGAGCAGCGAUGUGUUCCAUAACAUGUUAAACGGGAGCGUGGUCAAGCGUGCUGGUACUGCCAUCGACAUCCCAGACAUCCCGCCCGACGCUUUCCAUAACAUGCUGAGCUACAUUUACACCGGUUCUGUGGAAGAUCUCCAGCUGGAAAAUGCUGUGCAGACGUUGUUCAUUGCUGACAAAUACGACCUGCCGUGGCUGGCGGAGCUCUGCAGCGACUUUAUUCUGGACGACGUGGGAACGCGCAACUGCUUGCUGUAUUUGGAAAAUGCACUACGUUGGUCACCAAAUUGCGAUCGGGUGGUGGAGGCAUGCUUGGACGUGAUAGAUGAAUCCAUCGAGGCUGUCUUCCAGUCCAGUUACUUCACCAAGUUGGAGCGAAAGACGCUGGAGAGGAUUCUGCAGCGCAGCACGUUGUCGGCGGGAGAGAACGUUGUCUACGUGGCUGUUGAAAAAUGGGCAGCGGCGGCUUGCGCUCGCAAAAAGCUGCCUCCUUCGCCCAGUAAUCGCCGCCGGAUGUUGGGUGGUGCACUGUUUCUCGUGCGUUUUGCCUUGCUGAAUGAGGCGCAACUUGCCAACGGGCCCGUUCAGAGUGGUUUACUGAAAGACAAAGAAGUUGCGCGACUACUGCUCUGCAAACAUAAAACCGGUCAGGGACCAUUAGAGUUUUCUACGGAACCCCGGAAACGCGUAAUGUGUCGUAUCACCUCAAAAUACGUGUAUAAAAUGACGGAGAAGAUCUUCAUCCAGUACGACAACGGCUACUGGUAUCCGGCUGCGGUCACGGGAGACGACAAGUUGAAUUUGUACCGCGAGAAUAAACUGGAGAGAGAGGAGGAGAGAGGCGGUAUCCAUCGGCGUAGGAAGACUGUGCGGGCUGCGGAUAUUCUGAAGCGUGGCCUGGCUGUGGAAGCAUACAUUGACGGAGGUUACAAAAAGGCGACGUACGGCGCAUUGCGGGCUGGCCGACAUACGGUCGACAUCGCUGACCGCGAAUACAACGUGGAGUUUGUGCAGCUGAAAAUUGCGCGCCGGCAUGUUGAGGAAUGGAAAGCCGCUCGAAAAUAG